GGCGGCGGUCUCAGAGAGGACGUGACCUGGCUCAUGACCCCUCGCGAGCAGAUGAGGAAGAUGACAGCGCUGGGAGAGCAGGGGACUCUGGAUGAGAAGCACUGGUACCGACUGGUUAACGGCAUGUCUGCUGGAGAGCUGAGGCAGAGGCAGGAGAUGAUCAUGAGGAACCAGAUGGCCAUGGCUCCACAGAUCCUCACGCAGGGACAGCAGCGGCUGCAGGGCGUCCCAGCGCAGUUUGAACCUCGCUUCAUGGAGAGAGAGUUGGUUCCUCCCACUGAGAUGGUAGCUUCCGAAGCCAGGCAGAUGCACAUGGGACCUCAUCUUGGACCCCCUCUGCCCCCCCAUGCCAACGUCCUACCUGGGAGGGGGUUUCCUGGGCCAGCUGGAUACGGCUUCCUGCCCUCAGAGCCCAUGGAGACGGUUGCUAGGCGACAGGAACUCCUUCACAAACAGAACAUAGCCAGGAUGGAGAUGAACGCCAUCCUGCAUCAGAAGGAGCUGGAGAACGCCCACCAGAAAGGGUUGAUGGGAAUCGACAACCCCAUGUCCUACCCCUCCAACCCCCUGAUGUUCAGAGGGCGCCAGCGCCUGCCGGACGGUCACGACGUCUUCGUCCAUCGCCCCUCCCUGGAUGAGCUUCACUCCAACAGCAUUCUCAUGUCAGCCAGUCCCUACCCGCCCAUCAGCACCCUCCACAGGGAGCGGGGACGGAGGGCGGGAAGGAGGCCGACCAUUCACAAGACGGCAGAGAGCCACGUGUCCAACCUGAAGGGCCAAGCUGAAGACAAGAGCGUGGAGCAGAGCCCGGAGGCCACGUCGGGGGAGGAGAAGGAGAUGGAGGUGAAGGGGGACGCCGGGGAGGAGGGCGCCUCCAGCAAGACGCACCAAGAGGCCAAAAUAGACCCUGAGCUCCCCACAGGGGGCAGGAAGAAAUACAAGGAGGGGGAGGCGGCUCUGCGGAAGGCGUGCCCCGCCUCUCAGGACGGAUGCUCGGACGUGGCCAAUGGGAGUGCGGGUGACAAAGACAUCUCCAGCCAGUGUUCUGCUUUCCAGGAGAAGUUCAUGUAUCCCUCGGCCGGGAUGCCUUACAUGUUCCCGGUCCCCGGAAACGGCUUCUUACCACCAGGUCCACCAAACCUCUUCCUGAACGGGGAUGAAGCUCCUGAAGACAUAAGGAAGUGGACGGUGAAUGACGUCUACAACUUUGUCAACAGCAUACCCACCUGUUCAGAGUACGCCCAGACCUUCAAAGACCACAUGAUCGAUGGGGAGACGCUGCCACUGCUGUCAGAGGAGCACCUGCUGGACACUCUGGGGCUCAAACUGGGUCCAGCUCUGAAGAUCCGCUCUCAGGUCUCCAAGCGCAUGGGCAGCAUGCUGUACAUGAUGAACCUGCCCCUCCCCACCACCGCCGCCCUGCAGCCCCCCACCGAGAAGCCCGGCGACCGCACCCCCGACAUGGGCUCCCCGGUCAACUGCAACAGCGAGGACAUGAUGGCCUCCCCGAGAGACCCCGACCUCCUCAAGUCCAUGGAGCAUCUCCACGAGGCCGAGAACCCGUCCCCUCCGUCAGCCGGCAGCGAGAACCCCUAGCUAUGAGCCGGAACCGAACAGAACCGAGUUCUGCCUCACUGUGUUUCUGGGGUCAAUCCAGUUAAAGACGUUUUCAUGCUUUUAGGUCCAUGUUCUACCAAACCAGCUGUUUUUGACACGCGUGUACAUACUUUGUGAUACGGAGGAUUUGAGUUGUUUUAUUUUAUUUUGUCUUUUUCAUCUGGAAACUUCUCCUAACUGUAGUUUUCUGUCAGAAUCAAACAUUUAAACACUCAUACCAGACUGUAUAUCGUUUUUUAUGUCAGAUGUUUCAUAACUUUUGCUUUUGAUGGACAGUAAACACAUUAGUUGUUUUUCAUAUAGGAAACGUUCCUUCAGUAACAGAGUGUUAAUAAUGAGUUGGACUUUUGAAAAAGACAACAUGUAAUUGUGAUAAAGCUUUUGAGUAAUAAGUGCUUCUAUUUAAGUAAAUUCACAGUGUCUGUAGAACUCCAAUAUAAAUAACAUGUUUAGGUGAACACUAAGAAAUAUUUGGUCAUAUUUAACUUUUUUCCUGUUCAGGAAUAAACUUUAUUACUUUUCCAUAAAAAAUUAUCACGUUUGAAUUUAAGGUUAGUUUUUUGACCUGCUGGCUGCUC